AUGACACAAAGAGUCUACUUUCUCGCCCACGGCCGAGUUCAAGGUACGAACUCCACCACGAUAACGUGCGUGAGCUACCGCUAUUUCGCGCAGAAGAAAGCGGCAGAACACAGUAUUACUGGAUGGUGUCGAAAUACAGAGCAUGGGAAGGUUGAGGGCGAGGCUCAAGGACACGAAGAUUCUAUCACAUCAUUCUUAAAGGAACUCGAUAAAGGCCCAAAACAUGCCCAUGUUGUCAAGUUAGACAAGGAAACUCGAGAUGUACAGGAAGGAGAGGCACAUUUCGAAGUACGAAGAUAG